AUGAUUAUUGACAACGAGAAAAAAUAGAUUAGACAACUAUUUGCUAAUGAUUAAAAGUAUGUCCAAAAUGAAAAAAAGAUUCAAAAUGAUUUUAUAGUUUAAAUGCAAGUUGCCAAAUAUGAUUAAUAAACCAAAGACGAUCCAUUAUUAAUAUAAGCAGGUCUCACUUAAUCAAAAUAAUCUGUCUUCAUCAUUUAAGGAAAAUUGCAGAAUGACAACAAUAUAAGGUCAAUUACUUACUAUAUGAUCUCCCAACUACAAAAUAAAAAAAAUUAGUAAUCAUUCCAUAAUAUCAUUUAGAGAAUUUUUCAUUAUUUAUCUCAAUACAGAGUUGAAAACUUACUUGAACCUAUCGAAAUUUUACUCUGUCUUUAAAGAAUUACCUUAAUUAUUAUAAUACAUGGGAACUUUUUGAUUAAAUCAUGGUUUUUAUUUCAAAACAGCAUUUAAAUCUAAAUUUUGAAAUAAAAGACCAUUUAACUUGAAAAAGUUGCUUAAUUGCUUAAUUAUCAGUAUUUCAAUAAGAGUUAAUUUGAAAAACUACCUUCAUAUUGCAAAGAUUCCUCAUAUUAUUAACUUUAGUAAGCUUUUACUGGAAAUCAAUAAAAGCUUGUUCAAGUAGACCAAAAUUAACUUUACAAUCUGGAAUUGGGAUAAUACGAACUGACGAGCAAGGGAAUACCAUUCAUUCUUGAUCUCUGCAUCACUAAAUUAUUAUAAAAACCCUAAAACAUUUAACUAGAAGGAAUAUUUAGGUUAUGUUCUGCUUAAACUCACGAUAAGGAGUUUGAAAAUUAUUUACUAUAAAAAUAGUAUGAAGAAUUACUUGAUUAUGAGAAUAUAAUAGUAAUAGCCAAUUUUAUUAAAAGAGUUCUAGAUAAAUUAAGGUAUUCAGUUGUUCCAUAUUAAUAUUAUGAUUAACUAAAUACAAUACAUCAUUAUUCCAUUGAAGAAGGGUAGAAAUUAAUUCAGCAAUUCCCAAUUUUGAAUAGGAAUUUAUUCACCUUAAUAAUAUUAAUUCUAGAGUAAGUGGCAUCACAUUCUGAUGUUAAUAAGAUGAAUGCUAGCAAUUUGGCAAUUGUUUUUGGUAUUACCUUGUGUAGACCAAAAGAAUAUCAAUAAGAGAAUAUUUAACAAUAAUAUUAGAAAAUAAAAAUAGUAAAUUAAUUUAUUUAAUUCUUAAUUGAAAAUGCUUCCUAAAUAUUUCCAAACUAGAGAAUAAAUGACUUUAUUCUUGAAACAGACAUAGAAUAAAAAGUGAAGCAGUAUAAGGAAUGA